AUGCUUUCCCGCCUCACCUGCCAUCCUCUUUCGCCUCAACUGCUAUCUUCUUCCGCCUCGCCUGAUAUCCUCAUUCACCGCACCUGCUAUCUUCUUUCGUCGCACCGGCCACCCUCUUUCGCCGAACCUGCUAACCGCUUUAGCUGCACCUGCUAUACUAUUCCGCCUCACCUGCAAUCCCCUUCCGCCUCACCUGCAAUCCUCUUCCGCCGCACCGCAAAUUAUUUGUUCAAAUCUAUCAAUAUCUGUAUGUCUCUCUCUCUCUCUCCAAGGGUUCGUAUCUAUCUAUAUCAAACUCUUCAAACUACACUUUUCUUCGUUUUUCUUCUUCUUUUCUUUCUUCUUCCUCUUCUACUUCCGCUUUUUCUUUUUUCUUCUUCUUUCUUCUUCUUCCCUUUCUUCUUCUUUUUUUCUUCUUCUUUUUCUUCUUCUUCUUCUUGCUCCUCUAUUUCCUCUUCUUCAUCUUUUUCAUUUUUCUUCUUCCCUAUCCUCUUCUUCAUCUUUUUCUUUUUUCUUCUUUUUUCGUCUUCCUUUUCUUCUUCUUCUUCUUCUUCCUUUUCUUCUUCCUCUUCUUCCUCUUUCUCUAUUUCUUCUUUUUUCUUCCCCUUCUUCUUCUUCUUCUUCUUCUUCUUCCUUUUUCUUUUUUCUUCUUCCCUUUCCUCUUCUUCCUCUUUUUCUUUUUUCUUCUUUUUCUUCUUCCUUUUCUUCUUCUUCUUCCUCUUCUUCCUCUUUUUCUUCUUUUUUCAUUUUCUUCUUCUUCUUCUUCUUCUUCAUUAUCUUUUUCUCUUUAUUUAUGUCUUCUGUUUUUUUAUUCUUUCGAUUAUUUAA